CCCACCGGCGGCGGCCGCCCCGGCCCCGUCGGCCCCCCUCUCGGCACCGCGCGUCCCUCGUCGCUCACCACCGCAGCCCCCCGCUUGCAGGUUCAGAGUGGAGAAUGGGGGUCGUCGACGCGCGCACACCCCCAUGGCUGUGACGGCGGCCGACCCGCUGCUCGCCGCCCCGGCUCCCCCUGCCGGCGCUGGCUCCGUUCAGCAUCUGAAGCCCCCGGCAACGAGCCCCUCGGGCCUCCCAUCGCUACUCCCAGCCAUGGCAGAUUUGGCCCCCGCCUCCCCGCUGCAUCUGCCGCCUCCGACGGGCCAGAUCCCCUUGCCUGGUGUUGAGGUCGAGGAUGGGGAGUUCGCCGCCCCAUCGCCGCCGGCGGGCCUUGUCUCCGGAGAUGCGUUGCUUCAGCCUGUUGUCGUGGUGGGUGAUGAACCGACCCUGCAGUCGCCUCCACCCGUCUCCAGCCGCAGCGGAGACGUUGUCGAGGAACUGACGCAGCAACCGCCUCCUCCCGUCGCACAAGAGCCCAAAGUUGGUGCGGCUCCCCAGCCUUCAGAUCUGUCAGCUCGUGGCGCUGGCAAUGUCUGCUCCACAGAGCAUCAGCAUGCGUCGCAGUCGCCCACGGCUGCUGUGGAGGGCUCCUGCCAUGGUGUUGCUCGCGUCUCGUCGAGCUGUCCCGCGCUGCUUCCAGGUAGGCGCAGGGUGCUCCAGCGGCGACGUCAGCGGCAGCGUGGAAGAAGAAGAGUUGUGGGCAAGCGUCGACGGGAACCAGACCGUGUUCGUGGACGGAGCGCCGGUGGACGUCAUGUGGGACCUGCACGGCUGGUGGUUCCGGGAGCCUCCGUACAGCAGCACCAUGGUCAUGCUCCGGGCGCGCAGCGCGCUGGAGAGCCGGCUGUGGCUAGAGGAGGAGGAGGUCGCCACCGCCGCGCCGGGGUUCUCGCUUGUCCUCCAGGCCUUCAAGUCCCGCGCUGAUGGACUAUCAUGUGCCCCUGCCCAUUGAUCAUACAUGUAGCUACUCUAUUCAAAUGAGAAGACGGCGAACUUCGUGGAAUUAUGCAAUCUGCCUGUUUCACUGAAGUCGAAGGGAUCAGUAAGUUUACAAGCAACAUGAUCAUGAACAUAACAGGUGAUAUACAUUGAUGUGAGUGUGUAGUGUAGGCAAAUUUCAUCUCCCUUGCUAGUUGAUUUUACUCUUCUCCGAAUCAUAACUUGUGAUGUGUGCAAGUACAGAACAGCAAAAAAAAAGUGCAAUAGUUUGGAUCCUUCUGUGUUGAAUGGUGAAAUCAUACUUUAGAUCCUUCUGUGUUGAAAGAUGAAAUCUUACUUUGGAUCCUUCUGUGUUGAAUGAUGAGGUGGUGUAGAUAUGGG